GUUAUAUUCCCCACAGCGGCGCACUGAGCGCCUCAAAGCCGCAGCUUCCUCUCACUAAGCAGCUCCGAAAACAAUCCCCUACAGAGCUGCAACAUGCCUCCACGAUGCCUGCUCGUCGUUUUUCUCUUUGGGAUUGUCUCCAAAGCACAAAUGACAACGGAGCCUCCUACUGCUACUGAUGGUCACAACAUAACCACAGAUUUCCUUACCACAGUAGUAGGAAAUGCAACUACUGAACACAACACAAGAGAAAUAACUGGAACUUCAUCAAUUUCUCUGGCGAUAACCCAGACAGAUACAGUCACAGGGAACAGUCCUGAGACAAUCACCACAGGAAACCUUGCAGAAACCCCAACGGCUUCAGUCACUGGUGGAACCACACCACCAACAACAGCAGAGACAAAUAGUUCACCUUCUAAUGAGACUACAAAUGGAAGUGCUUCAUCUCCACCGCCCUACAUCACAACCACUGGCACAUCGACGGCACCCAUACAGAACACGUCAGAAAGCGCACUGACCACCUCAACACCCAAUAAUAUGACCACCAGAGCUUCAGACAGCUCAACGAGGAACGGCACAACAGAACCUGUGACCACCCCGUUAGGCAACAACACAACUACAGAUGUCCAGAUCACAUCAACAAGCAACGACAUAACUACACAAUCAAUACAAGUUCAAACUUCAGCAACAAACAGUAACAUGCCUACACACACUACAAUAGCUCAGACUACAGCAAUGGGCAACAACAUGACUACACACACUACAAUAGCUCAGACUACAGCAAUGGGCAACAACAUGUCUACACACACUGCACAAGCUGAGACUACAGCAAUGGGCAACAACAUGACUACGCACACUACAAUAGCUGAGACUACAGCAAUGGGCAACAACAUGUCUACACACACUACAAUAGCUGAGACUACAGCAAUGGGCAACAACAUGACUACGCACACUGCACAAGCUGAGACUACAGCAAUGGGCAACAACAUGUCUACACACACUGCACAAGCUGAGACUACAGCAAUGGGCAACAACAUGUCUACACACACUGCACAAGCUGAGACUACAGCAAUGGGCAACAACAUGACUACACGCACUACACAAGCUGAGACUACAGCAAUGGGCAACAACAUGUCUACACACACUACACAAGCUCAGACUACAGCAAUGGGCAACAACAUGACUACACACACUACAAUAGCUCAGACUACAGCAAUGGGCAACAACAUGUCUACACUCACUACACAAGCUGAGACUACAGCAAUGGGCAACAACAUGACUACACACACUGCACAAGCUCAGACUACAGCAAUGGGCAACAACAUGUCUACACACACUACACAAGCUCAGACUACAGCAAUGGGCAACAACAUGUCUACACACACUGCACAAGCUGAGACUACAGCAAUGGGCAACAACAUGACUACACACACUACACAAGCUGAGACUACAACGACAAACAGCAACAUGACUACACAAGUUCAAAUUACAGUGUCAAACAGCAACUCAACUGCAGCUGUUUCAACUACAAUGUCAGGCAUCAACACAACUACAGUUGACCUGACCACAGUGACAAACAACAUUGUAACUACAAUGGUUACAACUACACCGACAAGCACUGACAAGACUGCAAAUGCGUCGAUUGGACCAACUGUCCACCACACAACUGCAAGUAUGACAAAUACACCAUUUAACAAUGAUACAGCAAUGACAACUACAAACAACCACACCACCAAAAAUGUGCCAACUACAACUAAUGGAGACACUACAGGGACAUUUGUCACAGUCACAAACAAUGCCACACCCACUACAAGUAACAAUGCGACUGUAAGUCCACAAAUCACAUCUAUCACUCACUUCCCAACUAUGGAUACCUCAGACAAUCAUACCGCCACUACAUCAGUUACAGAGAUGAGAAACACCACGACUUUAAUCACCAGCACCCCACAUUCCAGCAACAUGACAACAACUAUGACCUCAGCUACCUCAAAGCAAGCUAAUACAACACUAGCGAGCUCUGCUGGAACUUCUGAGACUCCUGCAUCAACCGUCAUACCCUUUACUUCGACUGACACCAAAAACAUAACAGACUCUUCACCCACCAGCACCCCUCCUCCUACCAGCAACUUCCCAGGCAGUAGCAACACUCCCUCAACUGGCAAUGCCACCACCCUUAGUUCUUCACCAGCAACCUCAGCAGAGUCCAGUGUUACUAUGGGAGAAACCACUACUACCACUCCUUUACCGACAAAUUCACCCAGCAUCACCACUGAGACCCUGAACACCAACACCCCUACCUCCACCAGUGGAACCACUAAGAUUUUUACCACCUUUCGGACAACAGGGGGAAUCACCAGCAGCCCUCCUUCAGAGGCUCCAACCACUCCCAGUCCUGUAAUCGUGUGUCCCUCUGUCCCGUGUCCUGUCGAAAGCGUCUGCCUCAACGGCACUUGCCAGUGUCUCUCUGGCAACUACCUACUCAAUGGACGUUGUGUUCCUGCACAAGUUUUCCCAGGCAGGCUUCAUUUCCAGUCAUUAACGUUUGACGAUCAAAUGAGAGACAGGUCCUCCAGGAUCUUUCGAGAGACAGCAGCAAAAAUCUCAGCAGCGCUCAGAGACGUCCUGAAAAAUCAGACUGGAUAUAGACGAUCAGAGGUUGUUCAACUCGAACCUGGUAGUGUUAUAGCGAGAGUAAACAAUAUAUUUGAAGACAGCCCUGCCACUCAAGCCUCUGUUGAUCAGAUCAUUGAAGAGGCUGUAAAAAACCCUCAAGGACUUCUCAGCAAUGCCACAUACACAGGAACCGAUCUGUGUCAGGUGGAGCCGCUACCUUGUGAUGUCUCUAGUACAAAAUGCACAAACGUAAACGGCCAAGCUUCUUGCUCCUGUAAAGACGGCUACAUCUCCAUGAUCUACUCCAAGAGCAGCUGCAAAGCUUGUCCAAGUGGGCAGCAGGCAGUACGGGAUAAGUGUGUGACAUGUCCAUUUGGGUAUGCUGGCUUCAACUGCAACGACUCGUCCCUGCUUGCAGUGGUGGUCAUCUCCUGCGUGUUAGGAGGAGUUCUCCUCAUCCUUGUUCUGGCUUUGCUGGGUUACUGCUGCUGGAAGAGGUGCUUAAGGACCAAGCCUGACCGCAACAUCAGUCCAUACUCUGAUGAGUUAAACAAGUCAUGGCCUGCUGGCAUCACCCCAAUCCCGCGUGCCACCACGCACUGGGAAUCAGCUGGUUCCAUAGAGAUGACAGAAGGGGGCAGCACCAACACGCUGGUGGACAAAAAGCUAGAGAGCAAUGGCUUUGGAUCACAGCUGAAGCAGAAAAGAUGGAAAAAGUCAGGAUCAUAUGAUCUGAAUCCAGAGGAGAUGAAGACCUUCAAAGGUAAAAACACGUCCCGUUACUCAUAUCUGGUUGAAGGGCACGAGAACCCCUACUUCCUUCCUGGUGAUGAGAAGAAAAACUCCACAAAGAAAUGAUGAUCAAACUCUCUGGGACAACUGGAAAACUUUCUGAGUAGGAAGAGUGUUUUUUAUAAACACGCUUCCAUCCUGAACCUGCUUGGAUAGACGAAGAACCGUACUGAAAAAACUGCAACCAAAGGGAUUCAAGUUGAGAUGUUUUUAUUAUGUUAUUUUCUUGUAAAUGUGUGAAUCAUGUCUGCUUUUAAGAAGUCCAGCGAGUAGUUGUCAACUUUACUCAUUAAUAUCAAUGCAGUUGUCUCUUUUCACCCUGUUUUUUUUUUUUUUAAUAAUCAUGCCUCCUUUGCUGAUUGCACUAAAGUUUACCUCUACUUUGAUCAUUUUGAAGGUGAAUUAAAUGCUGGUUUUAUAAAGUUACUGUAGCUAAUCUUCAGACUGGGAUGAUCACAUUAUAGAGAAACAAAUCUUGUACGACUAAAAGGGCUGGAUCCCUGGUUUGAAUUGUUUUUAAAAAUGUUGUAGCAGUCUAAUGCUGAGAGUAUUGCAGAAUGUGCCUGGUUUAGUCGUUUGUUUUACAAAUAGGAAACAUUAUGCAACGCUGGUGAUAAAGCCUGUCUCCUGGAUGUGCCAAUUACCACUUGUAUACUUUUUUGGGGGGAGAAUCUAUAUUAAUAUAUUUAUCUUCAUGUGGCAUACACUGUUUUUUAAGUGAAAAUUUGUUUUGUAAAUAUUUUAAAAUUGAUUGAGAGUGUGUGCGAGAGAGUGUGUGUG